AUGGGUUUUGGGAUGGAAAAGAAUUUUGUUUUUGCUGGAUUCAAAGGGGAACAGAGUGGACAUUGUGAUGAUAAGUUUUGGGUGGAAAAUAAUUCGUGUAUAUAUAUAUAUAUAUAUGGUUCCCAGACAACAACAGACCAGCGCCUGUGUCUCUCUCUCUUCAGCGUUUCUCUCUACCUCUCCCAUUAUACUGCCUCUGCCUCUCCGCUGCUCUUCUCCCCUCCCUCUCUCACCGCCGCUCCACCAGCCGUGCCUCCGCCACUCCUCCUCACGGUCGCCGACAACUGGAGCACCGAUUGCAAGCUCUCUCUCUCUCUGUGUGCAAUUCGCAUUUUGACACAAAAUCUAGCUGCUUUUCUUAGCAUUGCAUUACCAAGUCUGCUAGCAAGUGUCAUGACUAUUGCUGCUGAUACAAGUGGAUCUCCAACUAGGCUUCAGGGUAGAUAUGGUGGAAUGGUAGUAUGUUGGAUUCUUGGGCUUGGAUGCCUUGUCUCGUGGAACAACAUGUUGACUAUCGGAGAUUACUAUUAUGAUCAGUUCCCUUCAUUCCAAGCUGGUUUGGCUGCAUCAGGGGCUCUCACACCGGCAUUGAGACUAAUGACAAAAGCAACCUUUGAAAGAACUGAUAAUGGCCUUUGCAAGGGAGCCAAUGGUUUUUGACGUACAAAUGUGGAUAUGACUUUUUUUGACAACUACGGAAGGACAUUGGAUAUGACUUUUUUUGACAACUACGGAAGGACAUUGUUUUUAUAUCUCCGUCUAUAUAUAUUGUGGUUCAUACAAAUUAGUUUUUUUGCGUGAUAAAUAUCUAAAAUUUGGCCUGAUACAAAUUAGCGUUGGACGUGGUACAAAUUAGUUUUUGGCGUGGUAUAGAAUAAAUUUUUGGUGUGGUAUAGAUUCCUUUUGGAUAUUAAAUUUGGUUAAUCCUCUAUUAUGUAUGGAAUUAAAUUAUUAGGGGGUGGAUUAUACUUGGUUCGUAUGGAAUUUGUAUUACAUUUAGAAUUGGACGUUGGAUAUAAAUUUUUUGGAUGGUUAAAAGUGAAAUGUGUGCACGUUCUUGAAUGGUUGAUAAU